CGCUUCCGGUAGCGGUGUUUCCGGGUCUCGCGGUAUUUCGGAAUGUUUGAAGCGGCGGCGCGCGCACGGAUUCGGCGAAGACGCUGCAGGGAAUAUAGCUUGACAGCCUUUUAAUAAUGGGUCCGAAAAAGCUACCACUGGAUACAAGUGAGAGUGACUCUGAGGAGUUGCCAACAUUUACAUUUCUGAAACAAAAGCCAUCUUUAACAAAGAACAGCCAAGUUGUGGUCCACAGCUCAGAUGCUGAGUGUUCCUCUUCUUCUCCAGGAUCAAAAGAGCUGCCAGCUCUCCAAGAGGCAGCCAGAACUGUUUCCCCAGAAGAGCCAGCUACAGUGCUAAGUAGUGAGAAUGAAGAGGAAGAGGAGCUUAUUCCGCUGGUACAGAGACUUCAGUGCAGAACAACAUACAGUUUUUCUAAAGCACAAGAAUCAGGCCAUCAGGACUCAAGCUCCCAAAUUAAAUGUGCUUUGAACCAUCAGCACAAUGAAGGAACAGCAGAAGAAUGGAAAGAACAGCCCUUUCCAAAGACCCUUGUUCUCUCUAAUUCUUCCUCAGUUAAAGAUGCUUCAAAGAAUGACAGAGAUGUUGAAGAAGAGCCACACAAUUACGUUCCAGCCUUCUCAUCUGUCUUCCCAGUCCAGAUUAGAAAUGUGUCAGCCACGGAGAAAAGUUCAGUGCUCUCUCCUCCCCCAAAGAGAACUAAGUAUACUCAGAAGGAGAAAGGAAAAGGCUGGCAGGGUCCCCUCCAGACCCAAAGAAAACAGAAGGAAAGUGAGCAGAGACAGCAAGAGAGAGAAAGGAAGAAAGCCCUGGCCAACAUGCUAAAAGCACAGAAGCCAGAGGAGUGUCUGAAACAUAUCACAGUUGUAUUAGAUCCAGCUCUCUUACAGCUUGAUGGUGGUGGUCAGGUCCUCAGUGCUCUGCAAGCUAUGGAGUGUCACUGUGCGAUUGAGGCACAGACCAUUCCAUAUAGCAUCACUUGGAAGAGGAGAGCCAUCCUGUCUCAGGUUGAAGAGGGAAACUUGACAGAAGAGCCUUUCGUUCUGGUCCUGCUGCAGGAAAAGGAGUUUAUGACCAUGAUCUACAACUCAAAGCAGGGUGGCCCUGAAGGGAAAGAAACUUUGCAGAGCUUUGUGACUUGGGUCACAACAAAGACAUUAGGGAAGACUCUGUCACUGGCAGUCGUGGAACAGGAAAAAUAUUUUAGCCCUCCAAAACCCCAGAGGAGGAAAAAACAGGGAGACACAGUGAAUAGAGAUCAAGCCAAGGGGAAGGUAAAUCAGAAGGGAUCAAAGGAGAACAGGGAAUUUACUCCAACACUGUCCAGGGUAGAAGUAGAAAUGGCUUUGGUGGAGUUGCAGCUUCACACAGAAGCCCAGAUUAGAAUCCUGAAGAGCUGGAAGGAGCUGGCUGACUUCAUCUGUAUGUUCACCAAGGCUGUGGCUGAGGCACCCUUCAAGAGAUCUCGGGAUCAGACUAAUUUUUCCUUCUGUCUGGCGAGUGAUUGGGCUGGAGGGGUAAAGGUGGAUUGGUCUGGCAAGGGACUUAAACUGGUCUGGAGGAGGCAGAUUCAACAGCUAAAUCGAGUUAGCUUGGAGAUUGCCAGUGCAAUUGUAAGCGCCUAUCCUUCACCUCGGCUUCUGCUACAGGCAUAUCAGCAAUGUUUAUCCGAGCAAGAAUGUCACAACCUGCUUGCAGACAUCCAGGUGCGCCGAGGGGAGGGAGUAACAACUACUUCUCGCCGAGUUGGACCAGAGCUCUCUAGACGCAUCUAUUUUCAGAUGACCACUCUGCAGCCAGACUUCUCUCUGGAUGGCACAGAAUGACACUCCUAACCACAACUGAUAUUUGAAAGAGCACUCUAAUAUCUUUUUGCAGGAAUAAAUGGGAGCAGUGAUUCUGUCAGUUCAAUUUCAUUCCCCUUCCCGAAGGAAGCUAAUGUGACUAAAUACAGGAGGGUGACCCAGAGAGAACUUGUCCCUCAUUGUCAACUUAUGGAAUUCUUCCCUACCCAACAAAUUAGGCAAAAAGUUAAAUCUACAUGCAAAUGGAUCAAAGACAUCCCACAAGACACUUAUUUAAUAACAAUUAUAAAAACCUAAAAACAGUCCAUUAUAAAGUUUAGGAAAUUCUAACAAUUAUGAUUGAAAUGGAGAGUUAAAGCUCUUGGUGGGUUUGUCUGUCGGCUUGUUCCCUAUAAUCAAUCCCCUCACCUCUUAUAAAUCACAACGUGGAAUGGUAAUCCUUAUCAUUUGGGUGGGGGUGGGUCACUUUAUAGCUCUGUGUACUUGCUUAGAAUUGUUAUGUGCUUAUACAAUAAUUAUAAAAAUGGUCCCAGUGCCUGAAGGGAAAAGUAAAAGAGUACGUAGUCAUUUCUGUUACCACUCAUGAUAUGUGUU